AAACCAAACCUCCAUACCAGUCCUCCACAUAUAUCACCAGAAGAAGAGAAAGCAAGAGAGUAAAGCAAAGCAGAAACAAUGGCAGCAAUGGCGAAGCUGUCGUCCCCAGCAUUUGCAGGGCAGAUGGUGAAUGGCGACUUCGCCAGACAAUUGAGGGCAUUGAACGUGGGAGAGCGAGUCAACAUGAGGAGAGGCGCCACCAAAGCCCCUGUCUCAAGCUCCCCCUGGUACGGCCCAGACAGGGUGAAAUACUUGGGACCCUUCUCUGGUGAGCCCCCAUCCUACCUGACCGGUGAAUUCCCCGGUGACUACGGGUGGGACACCGCCGGUCUGUCAGCAGACCCAGAGACUUUUGCCAAGAACAGAGAGCUGGAAGUUAUUCAUGCCCGGUGGGCAAUGUUGGGAGCUCUCGGGUGCGUUUUCCCGGAGCUUCUGAGCCGAAAUGGUGUGAAGUUCGGGGAAGCGGUUUGGUUCAAGGCGGGCUCACAGAUCUUCAGUGAGGGCGGUUUGGACUAUUUGGGCAACCCUAGCCUGGUGCACGCACAGAGCAUCCUUGCCAUCUGGGCAUGCCAGGUCAUCCUCAUGGGUGCCGUUGAGGGCUACCGUGUGGCUGGUGGACCGCUCGGGGAGAUCACUGACCCGCUUUAUCCCGGUGGGAGCUUUGAUCCCCUCGGCUUGGCUGAUGACCCUGAGGCUUUUGCAGAGCUUAAGGUUAAGGAGAUCAAGAAUGGCCGGCUUGCUAUGUUUUCUAUGUUUGGGUUCUACGUGCAGGCUAUCGUUACCGGAAAAGGUCCCCUGGAGAACUUGGCCGACCAUCUGGCAGACCCUGUCAACAACAACGCCUGGGCUUAUGCCACUAACUUUGUUCCCGGGAAGUGAGCGUUCUCAUCGUUUCAGUCUCUCGUAACAGCUUUGUGGUGAAGGAAGCACCAAGGGCCGUUAAGUUUCUUAUCUCUCGCCAAUUUCAAUCAAUUCUGUGCAUAUGUUAUUAUUAUUAUGUAUUGCUCUGUUUUGUUUAAAUUUUAAUGGAGAUUAUGGCUCGUUAAAUGUGGCUAAAGUGCAAUGUAUAUGUUAAUUAAUGUAGAUGUGUCUCCUUCUCGUCC